AGUUUUUAUUUUCGAUUGUCCGAAAAAUUUUGUAUCAAACAUUUAUAAAAUUCCUCCUAAUUAUCUACAUUUUUAUGAAUUGAACAUCAAUAGAAAAGAACCCUUGAUUUUCUUUUGAUCCAUUAGCCCAAGCAUAUUCUAUGAUACAAUUAUUUAGAAAUAAUAAUAGUCACACUGAAGAAUUCUCAGUGAACACUACUUGAACGGUUUACUACUAAUAAUUGAAUGAUAACAUGGCUUAUCAAGGAAUGCCGUCUGCAUACCGAAAAUAGAAAAAUUCUACUUGGAAAGCUACUAUCUAUCAGAGGACGGUAAGAAUUACAUGCUAUAAAUAAAUUUAAGCGUUUAAACAUAUGACAUAUCUAUUAUAACCAUUGUGGUUAUUCAAUACCCAUUUAGUAGAUUUUUGUUUUCCGAGUUAUUUCAUGAAAAUGAGCGAUAAAACAACGUCUUCUAAGUAUUACGUUAAAAAAGAUAAAAUUGAGUGUGCAAUUUGUUUGGAUGUUUGGCUUGAAUCUAACCCUAAGGCUCUCAAUUGUCACCACAUUUUUUGCUGUAAAUGUUUGGAAGAUUGGAUGAAGGAUGGAACUAUUGUUUGUCCAUUUUGUCGCAAAAUUACCAUGAUACCUUCAACAGUUAAUGAAUUUCUUCACACCACCGAAUUGAGUUGUAUAAUUGAGAAAGAAGAUAAAACACUCUGCGAGGAACACCAAGAAGAUAUCUAUCAGCCAGAAUUGGCAUGUACCAGCUGUAAAAAGAUGAACUUAUGUCCAAUUUGUUUUGAGAAAAAUCACAGCAAAGAAACGUGUAAUAUUGCCUUAGUCAAAUGUCUUAAAAAGAAAUUAGAGGGAAUGAAAGAAAGAUUGUUGCCGCAAAUUAAAAUCUUAAGAGAAAAAAAUGAAAAAGAGAAGACUAAAAUUUUGGAAACUUUGGAAGAAAUUGAAAUGAAUUGGUUACAAAUUUUGUCUUCAAAAAUGGAUUCCCUAAGACAUAAGGUUCAUAAGCUAUUUGACAAAAGGGAGGACGUAUUAAGAUUCUCAGAUAUUGAUAUUCAAAAUAUAUUUCUGAAAGAAACUGAAGCAAAUGAUCUUUUAAAAGCUAUUUCUGAAGAAAAAUAUGUUGAAAUAGGUAGUAGAGUCUUAGAUAUAAACUAUGAUUUUGGGAUAGAAUAUCAAUCAUUUCCGAACAAUGAGAUUGAUAAAUGCUUAUUGCUGAAAAAGUUUGACAAAUUACCGAAAUAUUCAUUGUGCUUAACUGACGAAGGAUUUUAUUAUAUUGAUAGAAGCUUUGAAAGCAAACCAGGACUUGAAAUGUCUUGUUUGGUAUUUUUACCUUUCUCCUCUCGGAAAGAUACUGUAAAAUUUUAUUUGGAGAAAGAGGUUUCUGCUUUGGUUGUUACAGAUAAUUAUCUUUAUUGUAUCGAUUACGAAACUGGACAUUUACUUAUGGCUGAGAAACCAUUUAAAAAGAGAAUAUCAUUAAAAGUCCUUUCUAAUAAUGAAUAUUUCCAACUAAAUGCAAUUGAAGACGGCAAAUUUAAUAGAUACAUUCUAACUAAAGAUGAAAAUGAUAUCCUGUAUUUUUUCUCAAACGAUGAAUGCGUUUGGCAAAAUGACGAAUAUUAUUGUUCAAAGGCUUGUAUUCUUGAAAAUGGAAAUUGCCUUAUUAAACAUGAAGACCAAUUAGUUUUACUUGAUAAAUUAUCUGGAAUAGGCAUUAGACGAAUGAACUGCAACGAUGUAGAACAAUUACUUACAUUCCCGAAAAAUGGAUUUUUACUUGUAUGGUUCGAUAGAGAAAAUAAUAAGAAAUUCAAUUAUAUUUAUGAUUUUAAUCUAAAUUUUAAGAAAGAGAUUGAAAUCGAUUGUAAGUACAGUAUCGUUGGAUUAACUAGAACUGGUAAAUUUGGUAUGUCUUUAUACAACGAAGAUAGUCUAGCAUUAAUCGAAGUGACCUAUAAACCAAAUACUGAAUGAUUUCUCACGCAUUAUAGAUGUAUAUAAAAAAAAAAAUACAAUAAAAAGUCACUUUUUCAAACAAAGUGAAUAACGUUUUUAUAUACACUGGAAUUUAGACAGAGUAAACCGGAUUUAGUAACUCCUUUACACUUUCGUUCGCUAUGAAGAUGAAGAUUUUGACGAAAUUUUAAAUCGUUGGUGAAAAGUUUCAAUUCCGAUAGUUCAUCCGUUUGAAUAAUGAGAUUACCUGUUUUCAAGUAGCAGAUUGUGGAUAUAGCAAAGUUAUUUAACUUUAAGAUAUGUAAAUCUUUUCCGCUAUUCUUAUCAAGAAUGGUUAAUUGAUUUCCAAAUGAUGUUACUAUUGAACCAUUACCCAUAAGGCAAAAAUUUUCUACAUGAUUAAAUAUCUUUUUUGUCCAUUUAAGAGAAUUAUCUUCAAAGAAGAAAAUUACGUUUAUAUCGAAUGUUUCGUAAGUGAGAACGUAUUCGUGGUUAUCUUUAUCUUCAGUUGCAAAGAGUUUAGUUGAAGUUUUAUCAAAAUACGAAAAGGUUUUUUCGUCGAUAACCUUCAUUUUAGCUUCGGAAUCGAAUAGAGUAUCAAACUCCAGUUGAUGAUGAUCAGCUUUAGAACAUUUUAAUAAAGAACCAUCGAUGGCUGAUAAAGCGUAUAUAUUUCUAUCAGUCACAACGAACUUCAUUAUUAAUUUAUCCAGAAAGAACACUUUAGGUUCGCUGUCAUUUCGCUCGCGAAAGUAGAUCAUAGAAAGUUGAUUUUCAUCUUUCAGAUAGACUUCCGCUAACAAUUCGUAAAGUCCUUCAUCGGUUAAAAAGAACUUUUCCAUUAAUAUUUCAAAAGUAUUAACCUUAUGUAUUUUUGUAAUAUCUUUCUUUGAAUUACUCCUAAUUAAUCGGCAAUCAAUAGAUAUUAUAGGUGAAUUAUCUUCUAUUAACUUUAAAUACGAUAAUUCUUUAAUAUCUUCCUUGAUUUUUGAUUCAUCAACAAAUUUAUCAUUCAACUUUUCUGAUAUCCUCAUUAAAGACGCCAUUUUAUAUUCGUAGAAUCUGAUAAUUUCAUCCUCUAACUUAUUGACAACUUUAUCAAUUUUUGCUAAACAUUCGUUUUUCAACUCAAUGACAUAGUUGUGUAAUCUCAUCUUAUUCUCUUCCUCCUUAGUCAUCUGUUCAUCCAGGAUAUUCUGACAUUCGUUUCUAAAUAUAGUAUUAUUCUGUUCUAAAUGAUUUAACGAUAUUAAUUUGCAUUUAGACGGACUAUGAUCAAGCUGAAAGCAAUCUUCGCAAAUGUUCUCUUCCCUACACGUUGAACAAACGAAUAUGGGCGUAAUAGCUGUUUUUUCGUGCUUGGUACAAAGUUUCUCCUUAUUUACAUCUUUCUGUAGAGCGUGCUUCAAAGGAUUUUUUGGAAGAUUUACUGCACCGCCAAUCGGAGAGAUGAAAGAUUUCGUACAAGUAGGGCAUUUUAUAAUAGAAUUGUUAGAGAUAUUCUCUAAGCAUUCUAAACAAAAAGUAUGCUGACAAGGUAAUACCCUAUUGUCCUUCUCUAUCCAUAAAUCCAAACAAAUUGCGCAACAAAGUUCUUCUUCAUCAAUAAAGAAUUUUUUCGAAGCCAUCAUUUUCUGUCUUAGUUAAUAGACAAAAAAGAAAGAAACUAUCAACCAACCAAGUGAACUCGAGUCCCGGAUGUUCUUGAGUAAUGAGGAUGUAUGGGAAAAAAAUGGAUGAAAAUAUUCUUUAAUAUCUAUAUAUUUCAUGCAUUUUUUUCAAUGUAAAUAAUUAACUUAGAGGCAAAUAUUAUUAAUAAUUCAAUAGGA